AGUGUUUAUAACAGCUCGUCCUCAAGUACUUGUGUCAUCCCGAGGGCACCUCAUCUUUGCUGAAUCGUAUUCUUCACAGUGUCCUGUUGUCCGCGACCAUGGCGAGUCUCAAGCGUCUGGAGAGUGUCAGAAAGUUGCAAGAGAUGCACAAAGAGUCAACUGGAGCACUCAGUUUCUCGCAAAAACUAUGUGCCUGUCUGAUCGGAAGUUGCACAUGUGCCAUAUUUUGCAUAGUCAUUGUGUUAUGCGUUGCUGGAUUUGCCCUCAACAUUGCCAAGAUUUCUGUGGGUGCGUACUACUUCCAUGAAUGUCCAGCCCAGUCCCUGGUGCCCAUCUUCCUCAUUGUGGGCGGAGUCAUCACUCUCGCUGUCAACUGUACAUGUCGGCCUUCCAAAGACGAGUCGGGCGAGGUUAAAAUGGCCUGUGAUGGUUGUGGCGCAGUUGGUUGGGUUGAUCGUUGCGGUCUUCAGCUUUUGCUGGUUGAUCGUGGGUACUGUGUAUGUCAUUCGCACUUCAAAUGAAAUAGAAACCUGCCAAGCGACACUUCCAACGACGACGUCAACGGCAAUCCCCGACUUCAAUGCCACUUCAACGUCAACGCCCGCAAACCCUUGUCCCUCCUGUAAUGAGACCCUGCUGAAUUUUGCUUAUGGCAUAGUUAUCACAGAAUGGUGCUUGUUGGGAACGUUGUUUUUGUUUAUAUUCAUCUACAGCUGUGCAUUAUGCUUUGGACGUACAUGUCUUGCAAUGAAUAACGAGUGAAUACUGCUUGAAAUGUGAUAAAUGUAAUUAUACGUUAACAAACACAAUGAAAUUAACGAUGACGGACUGAAACCGACUCAAGGCUGUAAACCCUAAGACCUUUACAGAUUGUAUCAAUGGACUGACUGACUGACUGAGUUUAGUUUUACGCCGCUUUUAGCAAUAUUCCAGCUAUAUGGCGGCGGUCUGUAAAUAAUCGAGUCUGGACUAGACAAUCCAGUGAUCAACAGCAUGAGCAUC